GAUUCAGAAAGCUUGUGCGGUACACAUCGUCGAGCACCUUUAGAAAGUAAUACAGUACUUUCUGUUUCCUCUGAUGGCAGAUUGAGUCACGGUUUUAAUAAACAGCGAGUCUGGAUGGAGGAAGCUCUAAAAUAGGCGUUAUGGUCUCUGAAAACAAUGUGGGGAACACCUGCUACUCCAAUGAAAAUGUCACCUUCUUCUACAACAGGGUGGACAAGGAAAUCAGAGAAAAGUGGACCGUACGGGACUUUUUAGUCAUCGGACUGGGGUUGACCGUAUGUCUUAUUGUAGUCCUGGCCAACCUGUUGGUGAUGGUAGCCAUCUUCAAGAACCGCCGCUUCCACUUCCCCAUCUAUUACCUCCUGGGUAACAUGGCAGCAGCAGACCUGUUUGCAGGUCUCGCCUACGCUAACCUGAUGUUGAACACAGGCCCAUGGACUCGAAUGCUUUCUAAGGAGCAGUGGUACAUCCGUGGGGCUUUAAUCGACAUCAGCCUGACUGCCUCUGUAGCCAACCUGCUAGCUGUGGCUGUGGAGCGCCACCAGACCAUCAUCACCAUGCAGCUACACAGCAACAUGACCAAGAGGCGUGUGGUGCUACUCAUAGUUUGCAUCUGGGCCAUAGGAAUCAUUAUGGGUCUGGUUCCCUCAACCCUUUGGAACUGUGAAUGUGAUCUCGAUGACUGCUCCACUGUCGCGCCCCUCUACAGCCGCCGCUUUCUCAUUUUCUGGGCAGUUCUCAACCUGCUCACUUUCUUCAUCAUGGUGGCCGUGUACGCUCGUAUUUUCUAUUACGUGAAGCGCCAGGGUCGGGACAUGUCUCAGCACACCUCAGAGAUGCGACACAACCAGACGGUUGUCAACCUGAUGAAAACCAUUUCCAUGAUUCUGGGGGCCUUUGUAAUCUGCUGGACACCCGGCCUCAUAAUUCUCCUAAUGGACGGCCUGUUGGGUAAACGCAGCAACGCCAUGAAAUAUGAGAAGUACUGCUUGGUGAUAGCAGAGUGCAACUCUCUGGUCAAUCCAAUCAUUUACUCUCUGCGGGACGACGAGAUGCGGCGGACGUUCAAGUGGAUCCUGUGCUGCUUGUGUCGGAAAGGUGUUGAUCGGCAGCAGGUGUCUUCGCCCAUCGAGAUCGACUCCCCACUAACGGAGAAAACCUUUGACCUUGUUCAGAAGAGUGGAAGCUUCAGGACACACCGACCGUAGAGAUGGCAGAUGGAAAAAUAAAAUAUUCUGAGUAAAUAUUUUGAUUUUUGUUUUUAUAGUUUUUGACUUGAAGAACAGCUGCCAAUUUCCUGCCAG